UGUAUACAGUAAUGUAUAUCCCCCCUCCCCUGUACUCCAUUAUAGUGAUAUGACAUGUAUACAGUAAUUACUUACUCCUCGAGUCCCCCGUGGCAGUGGAGAGGGUGUCUCCUCACAGCGGAGGAGAGCGGACCUCUCCUGCACCUGUCCCCUCAGCGGUGGUGCCGAGGAAACCGGAACUCUGCUUUACAAUGAGGCUUGGAGUGCAGCCGCUCCAUCAUCUGUGCUCACCGCUAGAGAAUUUCUCCUCGCAUUUGGCGAAUAAUGGGCGAGCGGCUUUUUCAAGCCCUGCCCUCG